UUUAUAGCUGCUUAUGUCUGGAUGACUGGAUUUGGGAACUUCUCUUAUUAUUUUGUCAAAAAGGAUUUCAGCCUCGCUCGAUUUGCUCAGAUGAUGUGGAGACUGAACUUAUUUGUGAUCCUGUGUUGCAUUGUCCUCAACAAUGAUUACAUGCUGUAUUAUAUUUGUCCAAUGCACACUCUAUUCACCCUUAUGGUUUAUGUGACACUCGGUAUUUUCAACAAAUACAAUGAGAUUGGGUCGGUUAUUGCUGUGAAGAUCUUCUCUUGUUUUUUGGUUGUUAUCUUGAUAUGGGAAGUUCCUGGAGUUUUUGAAGUUCUGUGGACUCCCUUCACCUUCUUUUUAGGGUACAAAGAUCCAGAUCCUUCUAAGGCAAGCAUCCCUCUUUUGCAUGAAUGGCACUUCAGAUCUGGUCUUGAUCGCUAUAUCUGGAUCAUAGGAAUGAUUUAUGCCUACUACCAUCCAAAU